GUGUUAUGUUGUAACAGCGGCGCCUCUUUAUCUUCCGGGUCGCGCUGAAUCCGAUUUAUACGCUGGUUAAACGUACAUUUUGGUAAAUUUAGACGUGACAAAUGCAGCUGCCGACAUAAUGAUAAAAAUUAUUUAAAUCAGUACGAUUCUGGCGAUUAAAUAUCAGAGACAAACAUGAGCGGUGGUUUAGCGCCCAGCAAAAGCACUGUUUAUGUGUCUAACAUCCCAUUCUCCUUGACAAACAGCGAUUUGCACAAGUUAUGCUCGAAAUUUGGCAAGGUAGUGAAGGUGACUGUUGUCAAAGACAAGCAGACACGGAUGAGUAAGGGAGUGGCAUUUGUGCUGUUCCUAGACAGAGAGUCUUCUCAUAACUGUGCCCGAUCGCUAAACAACAAACAGUUGUUUGGGAGAACAGUGAAGGCCAGCAUCGCCGUUGACAAUGGGAGAGCUGCAGAAUUCAUCAGAAGGAGAAACUACACAGACAAAUCCAAGUGUUAUGAAUGUGGGGGAGAAGGGCACCUGAGUUACGCUUGUCCUAAAAAUUUACUUGGAGAGAGAGAACCUCCACCUAAAAAAGAAAAGAAAAAGAAGAAAAAGGUCCAGCAGCCUGAGGAGCCAGAACCAGAGGACAGUGAGGAAGAAGGAGAGGAUCCAGCACUGGAAAGUUUAAGUCAGGCAAUUGCUUUCCAGCAAGCACGCAUUGAGGAGGAGGAGAAGAGAAGGAAGCAGGUCACAGAGGAUGUGUCUCAAGCAUCUACAUCAGAGGACACCCACAAACCCAGGAUCAAAAAGUGCACCUACUUCAGCGACGAGGAGGAGCUCAGUGACUGAUUCAUACUUGUAUGUGCUCGGAACACAUCGCCUCUUCUCAAACGCUUUCGCUUAUUAAGGUGGUCACAUAUUGAUCUAAAUUUCUAAUUUUGUCAAACUAUGUGGCAGAAAGACAGAAACAAGCUGUGCUUACCUUGAUCUGAGAUGUUUGUUGUUAUUUUAUGCUGCUCAUUCAGAUAAUUACACCUCCAAAUAUUGUAUUUUUUUUUUUUUUUAAGUCUUGUACAUAUAGUUUAGUUUUGUGUAUUUCACAAUUAAAUUCUUGUUAUUGCUUCAGGAAGCAUGGGAAAUAUACUGUUCUAAAGUAACUUCCUGUCACCUUUGUCCUCAGCUCUCAUUUUAUAUAUAUUUCUACAAUACAAAUAAAAUUUUAUAAAAUAA